AUGGACGACGACGAUUGGGAUUUGAGCGCCGAGGACUUGAUUCCUCGAACGCGACGCGCUCCAGCAGCUCUCCCGCCCCCCGCGACUUCCCUGGGAGCCAGCCCCGAUCCCCCGUUCCCGCCCCGAGCAGCGCCGGCUGGAACAGCACCCGGGUCGUUCCCGAUUCUUGUGGAUUUGUUUGUCGUGACGUUUUCUUGGGUACGAUUGCCCUGGAAGCAGCGGUUUGACUCGCUCGUCGUUGUGCAGGGUGAAGACUUGCCGGCCCCGUCUAGAGCAUGUGCUGAUGAACUCGGGAAGGAGCUGCUGCCGAAGUCGUCUGUUAAGUUUUAUCUUCAUUCCAGUGGGAAUGUGGCUGCAAAGUUCCAAUAUGACCAGGUUAUUGUUGCCGCUUUCCGCAAGAUCCCUAAAGCCAGUUGGAAUGCAAAAGAAAGAAUUUGGAUGUUCCCACUGUCUUCUUUGCCAUCAGCCGAAAAAGUCCUUGCUGAAGAACGUGGCUGUAGAAUUGAGAUGGUGAACUUGGAUCCCUUUGGUAUGCCGAGCUAUUGCUGCUGCAUCUGCUCUCCGGAUCUACAAGACCGAUAUGGCAGUAUGCCUAGUGAUGUUGAAUCAAAGCUUCUUCCAUUUCAGCGGGAUGGCGUUAGGUUUGUCUUGCAGCAUGGAAUUCGCGUACUGAUAGCCGAUGAAAUGGGACUGGGAAAGACUUUACAAGCAAUUGCUGUUGCUACGUGCGUUCGUGAUUCAUGGCCUGUUCUUGUGCUCACACCAUCUUCCUUGCGUUUGCAUUGGGCUACAAUGAUUCAGCAAUGGCUAAAUAUACCUUCGUCAGACAUACUUGUUCUUUUAUCUCAAUGUAAAGGGUCAAACAGAAGCGGAUUUAGGAUAGUGGCCUCAAACACCAAGAGCAGUGUACAUCUUGAUGGCCUUUUUAACAUAAUUUCUUAUGAUGUUGUCCCAAAGCUACAGAAUGUGCUAAUGUCAUCAGAUUUCAAGCUUGUGAUUGCAGAUGAAUCACAUUUCCUGAAAAAUGCACAAGCUAAGAGGACGACUGCUACCCUUCCUGUCAUAAAGAAGGCUCAAUAUGCAAUGUUGCUAAGUGGAACUCCUGCCUUGUCUAGACCAAUUGAGCUUCACAAACAGCUGGAGGCCCUCUAUCCAGAUGUUUAAAAUGUUCAUGAAUAUGGUCAAAGAUAUUGCAAGGGUGGAUUUUUUGGUGUUUAUCAAGGUGCCAGUAACCAUGAAGAAUUGCACAAUCUGAUGAAGGCAACUGUUAUGAUCCGAAGGCUUAAAAGGGAAGUCCUUACGCAGCUCCCAGUUAAACGCAGGCAACAGGUUUUCCUUGAUUUGGCUGAUAAGGACAUGAAAAGGAUCAAUGCUUUGUUUCGUGAGUUAAAGGGGAUAAAAGAAAGAAUCAAGGCCUGCACAUCAAAAGAAGAGGCCGAAUCGCUCAAAUUUUUCGAGAAGAACCUGAUUAACAAGAUAUACACCGAUUCUGCUGAAGCCAAAAUCCCAGCUGUUCUAGACUACUUAGAAACAGUUGUUGAGGCGGGCUGCAAGUUUCUCAUUUUUGCGCAUCACCAGCCAAUGAUGGACGCGAUACAUGAAUUUCUUCUUAAGAAGAAGGUUGGUUCCAUACGGAUUGAUGGCAGUACACCCGCAGUGGCAAGGCAAGCUUUGGUUACUGAUUUCCAAGAGAAAGAUGCAAUAAAGGCAGCAGUGCUAUCAAUCAGAGCUGGAGGUGUUGGUCUGACCUUAACAGCUGCAAGCACUGUCAUAUUUGCAGAGCUAUCGUGGACGCCGGGUGAUCUGAUCCAAGCUGAAGAUCGUGCUCACAGGAUUGGUCAGGUAUCUUCAGUUAAUAUAUAUUACCUGCUGGCAAAUGACACUGUUGAUGACAUAAUAUGGGAUGUUGUCCAGAGCAAGUUGGAAAAUUUGGGUCAGGUGCUUGAUGGCCAUGAAAAUACAUUGGAAGUCUCAGCCAGCCAACCAACUAGAAACAGCCCUGCAAAGCAAAAAACCUUUAAUAGCCCUGGCAAACAGCAUACAUUUAAUAGCCCUGGGAAGCAGCAAAAAUUUAAUAGCCCUGGCAAGCAGACAACACUCGACUCGUUCAUGAAGCGUUGCAAUAGUGGUGACCCCUCUGAACAUCAGCCCAACCUGAAAUUUCCCAGGCAUUGAAAGCUAAUGCCCCCUUAAAGCUAUAACCAUGCUUAGGCUCGACAACCUGUUCAUUGGAAGGCGAAAAUAGUGGAUGUACUAGCAUAUGGAAGGGUUUAGAUGCGUGAGCGAGAAUUAGAGAAUGAACUGUACUAUGCUUGUGUGUCAGAGGUGACCAUGGCUGCUUCAAGAGGAUGAAUGAAUGCUAAAGGGCUCUAGAGAGGCGUCCUUGGAGCAAAGGAGGCAUCAUGCCUUUGAUUUGUGAUGUAAGAAGAAUGCUCGACAGGUUCGGUCAUGAGCUGCUGGCGUAUCACAAAGAUAGAGUUGAAGCCUCAGGGUUGGUACCAUGCAAUCUUCUAUCCCUCUCAUAUUGGUCGUUAAAAUGAAGUUCCAUGCCAGGUUUAAUUUUGGCCAGUAAAAGAACAUUUUAGGAGCAUAAGAUCCAGCGGCUCAAAAUUUCAGUGGUACCGAUCAAGGAUAUGGAUAAGCAAAUAAGGUCGGGUUAGCCCAUCAUAACAGGAGCAGCCUGUCGCUGAGUCAAAUGGUGGAGCAUAAUUCAGGAAAAGUUUGCUGAUGUUUCAGGCGGAGCUGCCGGCGUCCAAAGAGUCUUCCAAGCUAAGCUGUUUUCGAUCUCACCUUUCUGUGAAGGAGGUGAGUCAUUAAGAGGAAGAUCAGAUACAAAUCCUUCUGGGUAUUUGCUGCCGUGGAAGUGGCAGCUACCCUCACAAAUGUCAAGUUGGAGUACGAGGUCAGCUGGCCAAUAUCUUUUUGUACUGGCCAUUUUCAGCAAGUUGAUGUUGUUCUGAUUUAACUGUACUUCUGCAUGUCGGGCAGUUCCCGAAAGCUUUUAGCAUCCAUUGAGAUUGUUGUUGGGUGACAAGAAUUGGUAUUAAGGUUUUAACAGAUUGUGUAAGUAUUGAAUCUCCACGCAUACCAUAUUAUUGUACUGUGGAGGAUCAAUUAACAUACUGUAUUCCAGUCAGACUUUGUUGAGAUCCUGGUAAAGAUUUGAGUAGCUAACGCUUUUAUGACUGCA